CAAACAGGAACCUAUUAUUGAGAGAGAGAAGAAGUAGACAGAGGAGAGAGUGUGUUUUUUGCUUGUGUUGUGUUUUGUGUUUUUUAGCAUCUCCAAAUCCAAAGAACCGUCUGCUUCGUCAAUUUUUAUCCUAAACAAAAAUUUCCCAUUUUUCUCCUUUUCGAGAGAGAAGACAAAAAAGGAAAAAAAAUCGUGUUUUUUUUGUGUGUGUUGAAGAAAAAUGGUCGAAGUGGAAAUCCAAUUCGAAACAAGGGUGUGAGAAAAAAAAUUGUAUUUUUUUUAUGGGUGUGUUUGAAAGUAUGAUCUUGUGAAAACCCAGAAAGGAAAUCUUCGAUGCGUUGGUAGAUAGAGAUUGUGGUGAUUUUUUUUUGGUGUUCCGUUGAUUGGAAAAUGAACGGUGGCGAUGAUGCUGUUGUAGCUCCGGAGGAACCUUUGCAACCAUUGGAGUGGAAAUUCUCGCAGGUUUUUGGCGAGCGUGCGGCUGGAGAGGAAGUUCAGGAAGUGGACAUAAUUUCUGCCAUUGAAUUUGACAAGUCUGGUGAUCAUCUUGCUACUGGUGAUCGCGGUGGUCGAGUAGUUCUCUUUGAACGGACAGAUUCAAAAGAUCAGCAUGGAUCAAGAAAGGAUUUGGAGAGUACCGACUAUUCUAAUAGCCGGCAUCCUGAGUUCCGCUAUAAAACUGAGUUUCAGAGUCAUGAGCCUGAGUUUGACUAUCUUAAGAGCUUGGAAAUAGAAGAGAAAAUUAACAAAAUAAAAUGGUGCCAAACAGCUAACGGUGCUGUAUUCCUCCUGUCUACGAAUGACAAAACAAUCAAAUUUUGGAAGGUUCAAGAAAAGAAGGUGAAGAAAGUUUCUGACAUGAAUAUUGACCCUUCAAAAGCAAAUGGAAAUGGAUCUAUCGCAAGUUCGAGCAAUUCUUGUAUCCUUAAGCCACAUCUUGCAAAUGGAGGAUCUUCAGAUAAAACAUAUAGUUAUCAAAGCAACGAUUUCUCAUUUCCACCCGGAGGCUUACCGUCACUAAGAUUACCCUCGGUAGUGGCUAGCCAUGAGACCAGUCUGUUGGCUCGAUGUCGUAGAGUAUAUGCACAUGCUCAUGAUUAUCACAUCAAUUCUAUUUCAAAUAACAGCGAUGGAGAAACUUUCAUAUCCGCCGAUGAUUUGCGAAUAAAUCUUUGGAACCUGGAAAUUAGCAAUCAAAGUUUUAAUAUUGUUGAUGUAAAGCCUGCAAAUAUGGAGGAUCUUACUGAGGUUAUAACAUCAGCAGAAUUUCACCCGACACAUUGUAAUACAUUGGCAUAUAGCAGUUCGAAGGGCUCAAUUCGUCUUGUUGACUUGCGGCAGUCAGCCUUAUGUGAUUCCCAUGCCAAGUUAUUUGAAGAACAGGAGGCCCCUGGGUCCAGAUCGUUUUUCACAGAGAUUAUUGCUUCUAUCUCGGAUAUAAAAUUUGCAAGGGAGGGAAGAUACAUACUUAGUCGCGAUUACAUGUCUCUGAAGUUAUGGGACAUUAAUAUGGAUUCUGGCCCAGUUUCGACAUUCCGGGUUCACGAGUAUUUAAGGCCAAAGUUAUGUGAUUUAUACGAAAACGAUUCAAUUUUUGAUAAGUUUGAGUGUUGUCUAAGCGGCGAUGGAUCACGAGUUUCAACCGGUUCUUACAGCAAUCUAUUCCGCGUGUUUGGUUGCGCCCCGGGAAGUACAGAAGCUACAACUUUGGAAGCCAGCAAAAAUCCAAUGAGACGACAAGUUCCAACACCGUCAAGGCCUUCCAGAUCAAUCGGAAACAGCAUCACAAGAGUUGUACGACGCGGAGCUGAAAACACCGGUGUCGACGCAAACGGAAACUCGUUCGACUUCACAACAAAGCUGCUACACUUAGCAUGGCACCCAAGUGAAAAUUCAAUCGCCUGUGCCGCUGCAAAUAGCUUAUACAUGUACUAUGCAUGACGAAACGAAGGUUGGAAAACACAUAUCUGCUUUGUUAACCUGUUUUUGAGGUUACUUUGCUAUGAAGAAGGUUUCAUUUCUCCCUUCUUUACCAAACACCAACCAUUAAGUUGGAAGCUACAUUAAGUCAUUAACUCACACACUAUAAAGUGCCCUUCAAAAUAUUUAGCUCAGAAAGAAAAAGAUCAAAAGAAGUGGCAUUUUUUUUUUCAUUUAUCAAUUUUCAUUCUUCUUCUGACCCAAAUAUUCCCCCUCCUUUUUCUGUAUCUUUUUUGUGAAAAGAAGGUGCAGUGAUGAAUGGUUGAUAUUGUGUUUGGCUUUCAAAUGAAGAAGAAAAAUUGUGAUUUGUAGUAUCGCUUCUACAACAGAUAAAGAUAAAAGAUAAAAAUGUAGUUAUUUUUAUUUUUGCUUUAGAUAAGAUAGAUGAUGAUGAUGAUCAUGAUGAUAUGUCUUGUGGGAUAUGGAGCAGUGGAAAACAAAACAAUGCAGUGUAUCAUUUUUUCAUUGAUUAUUUUUGUGUUGGGAAUUUUUGUUUUACAACAAUGUUUCAAUGUUGUCUAGUGUUUUUCUUAUUGAUAUAUACGGUCAAUUUUAUGUAUAAUAUUAUAAAGGAAGUAAUAAUUUUAGGUUGUAAUGGUUUAAAUUAAGGAUAAACAUGUUUUGUCUCUAUUACCAAAUUUUGUUAUUGUUGGAUU